UGAACGAAGCCAUAAAGUUCAGCAGAGAGUAUUGAUGUUAUGGAUUCAAACCGUUCAGGCAAAAUAAAAAUAGUGCCUAGGCACGAGCAACGCUUUGUCACGUCUGCAUCGUGGUUCUUCAACAGUUGAGCAACUAUAGUAUAGUCCAUUUAGAAUCACACCAUCUGGCAACAAAUCGAGACACAAAACGCUUCUAACUGCACAUCGCUCGGAAAUAACAGAAUAUCUUUAAAGUCAAGACGAAGGUGUGGUGCAUAAACAAAAAACCAAAACUAUUUAUAUGUAUACAACACUUGUAUAAGGCACUGUAAGAGAAAUAAUAAAAUCUUUAAUGCUAUUACAAUAAGAAGAAAUAACAAUUUAAUUUUAUACGAAAUCAACGAUUACUCUUACGAAAAAUACCAAAUCGAUAAAACAAAAUCUUAACAAACAGAAAUAAAAUGCUUAUCAACAACGUGUUCAAAUUAAUGAGUAGCAGCUGGAAGCUAUUAAAUACACCAAAAGUGCUCUACUUAAUUUCGCCAGUUGGCUCAAGACGUGCAUUGUCUGUGCAGUAUGGCAAUUAUGGUCUUCUCACAGCUGAUGCCAAAGCUUACUUGAAUAAAUGUGUUCAUUUAUGUCAACCAGAUCGCAUACAUAUAUGCGAUGGAAGUGAAGAUGAGAGCAAAAUAUUGCAAGAAUUGAUGCUGACGCAGGGGACCAUAACUCCGCUUAAGAAAUACAAUAACUGCUGGCUUGCCCGAACUAAUCCUGCAGACGUUGCUCGCGUUGAAUCCAAAACGUUUAUAUGUACUGAUCGCAAGGAACAAGCUGUACCAAUCACUCCAACUUCUACCGUUGGCGCACUUGGUAACUGGAUUUCGCAAGCUGAUAUGGAGCGGGCUGUUCAAGAGCGGUUUCCUCAGAGUAUGAGAGGCCGAACAAUGUAUGUGAUUCCAUUUUCAAUGGGCCCUGUGGGAUCUCAGCUAUCAAAGAUUGGCAUUGAACUUACCGAUUCCCCUUAUGUUGUAGAAUCAAUGAAGAUUAUGACUCGUGUUGGAAAUCAAGUCCUAGAAAAAUUACAAAGCAAGAGUGAUGAGUUUGUGAAAUGUUUACAUUCAGUGGGUACCCCGAAAGACGGAAUAAUUACUGUACCUUCUUGGCCAUGUGAUCCUGAACGUACAAUCAUUCUUCAUAAGCCUGAUUCCAACGAGAUCUUAUCUUAUGGGUCUGGAUAUGGUGGUAAUUCUUUACUAGGUAAAAAGUGCUUUGCAUUGCGUAUUGGUAGCACUAUUGCGAAACGCGAAGGUUGGUUGGCCGAACAUAUGCUUAUAUUAGGUAUCACAAAUCCGAAGGGCAAAAAGAUAUAUAUCGCAGCUGCGUUUCCAUCAGCUUGUGGCAAAACAAAUCUAGCUAUGAUGACUCCAACACUGCCAGGUUACAAAGUGGAGUGUGUCGGUGAUGAUAUAGCCUGGAUGAAAUUCGAUAGCGAAGGUGUACUGCGAGCAAUAAAUCCCGAAAAUGGCUUUUUUGGGGUUGCCCCAGGUACUUCCAUGUCAACAAAUCCUAUUGCAAUGAAGACCAUUUUUGAUAACACUAUUUUUACAAAUGUGGCAUCUACUUCGGACUGUGGGGUUUACUGGGAGGGAAUGGAAGAGACUAAUAUUAAUAAUGUUAUAGUAACCGAUUGGAUGGGUAAGCUAUGGUCUAAUCAAUCCGAUAAACCAGCAGCGCAUCCAAAUUCUCGUUUUUGUACACCGGCUGUUCAGUGCCCCAUUAUUGAUCCAUCCUGGGAAGAUCCACAAGGUGUACCCAUAAGCGCAAUUCUAUUCGGUGGCCGUCGCCCAAAAGGUGUUCCACUAGUAUACGAGGCCCGUAGCUGGGCACACGGUGUUUUCAUAGGUGCAGCAAUGCGCAGUGAAGCCACAGCAGCCGCCGAGCAUAAAGAAAAAGUAAUAAUGCAUGAUCCAUUUGCAAUGCGUCCUUUCUUUGGUUAUAACUUUGGGGAUUACCUCGAGCACUGGCUGAGUAUGGAAAAAAGAGGAAGAGUGCCGAAAGUUUUUCAUGUUAACUGGUUUCGUAAAAGUACAGAUGGAAAAUUUUUAUGGCCAGGUUUUGGUGAUAACUGCCGUGUUUUGGACUGGAUUUUUAGACGUGUGCAUGAGGAUAAUUGCUUUGUAGACAGUCCUAUUGGUUAUUUGCCUAGCGAAGGUGGGCUGAAUAUAACAGGACUACAACCAACAGUCAACCUAAAUGAACUUUUUGACGUACCUAUUGACUUCUGGCAAACAGAAGUCAAUGAAAUUGAAAAGUACUUUAAAAUGCAAGUAGGUGAGUUUCUGCCAAAAUCAAUAUCCCAGCAAUUGAAUGAAUUAAAGAAGCGCUUAAAUAAUUGAUAAUGCCUGAAUAAAUUAUACGUUUUAUCAAUUUGAAAAAUAUAUAAAUUAACAUACAUGUAUACAUAUGCAUGCACAAAAACAUUUAUUUUAUUUUUAACUGGAGUAAUAGUAAAAUAGUAAGUUAAUUGUUUAUUAACCAACAAGAGAGAAGAGUUAGGAUUAGCUGCAUGCGAACAUUAUUUACUCAUGCAAAAAUAUUUAGACUCGCUUCAGCCCAUUCCACAGUACCCCAAGUCCGAAAUAAUAGUUUUCUGCCUUUUAAGGGCUCCUCCAAACUUAUGACUAACUUUAAACUGAAAAAAAUAUAUAUUAUUUGAAUAGAUUUUCAAGAAACUGUCCAGAUUUUCGUUAUUCUGGUUGACUUUAUGCAAUAUAGUGCCUAAUAUACAUAUCUUAGCAAAAUUAAUUGAACGUACCAUAUACUGUUGGUUGUUGUUAAUGGUAGAGUGCGUUCAUGUUGUGUAGGAACGUUUAUUGGGAAAAAAUGUGGUAAUUAUAAAAAUCAUAUAGUUUUGUGAUAGCUGACGUUUAUUCAAUACUUGAUCCAUUCUCCCGCGUUUUCUGUUAUAGCCAGACAUCUUUGAUGGCAACGUCAACUAAAAUUUCCGUAAAUUCCACAGAAAUCGACCUCCAGUUAUCUAGUCGCCUGAAAUCUUUCUUGAUAUUUGGGCUUUCAUUACUGGCAAAAAAUUUCUCUAUUGGAUUGACGUCUGGUAACUGAUUGCCAAUAUGGUUUUCUUGUUUCCAUUGAGUACAGAGUCCGCUCCUAUGUUUCGGGUCAUUUUGUUCAAUCAAUGUUUCUUUGUUUUUUUUUUGUGGCAUUUCAGCUGAGUUUAGUAAAACUAUUUUAUGCAAUUUAAUUAUUUGUUCAGGUUUUCUGUGAAGAACCUUAAAACUGCAAAUCAAAAAGCAGAGAAGAAUUCAUAAAUACGCUCUUUUUUUGUUUGUUUAACACUCCCUUGAUUAAAUGUUUAUCUAUUACUUACUCAAACACGUCUCUAUAUAUGUAUAUUGUAUACAUAUAUGUAAUCCUCACUUUUUUAAGUCACGUGAUUUCUCCCCUUCUUAUUAUCUAUGUUUCCAGUUCUUCAAUUAUUUGGUCAGACUACUAAAAAUGUACUUAUUCAGUUUAUAAGUUCCCAUAUCGUUCCUUCCCCAGUUCUAAUAAGAUUGAAAUAGAUAUUUUUUUUUGGAAAAUUUUGUAAUUUUGUAAUAUCUGGAUAUAUGUUCAUGUGAUUAGUUCUAACAAAUUUCUAGAGUUUAUAUAAAUCAUCUGAAGCGAAGUUACUGACAUUCCUAAAUAAAUGCUACAGCGGGUUGGUUGGGUGUAACCGAAGAACUUUUUAUACUUUUGCAACGGCAAGGAUCAAAGCUAGCUAAAUAACUUCAAGUGUUAGCAAUACAAUGUAGGGAAAGUGUUUAACUUCAUUGUUCGAAUGAAUCACAAUCAAACCGAAAAGUAUACUAAAAUCAUACUCAAUCGAUUUUAUCUAUUUUUUAUAAUACCACAUACAAUUAACAUGGCUAAUACUUAUAAAAUACUCAUUAAGAUACCGGUUACACCAUCACCAUGCAAAGUCAAGCGGGUGUUCGAAAAUUCUAAUAAUAGUUAAAAGGGGCCAGCUAGUUUUCCUCUGAUUGUAUCCGUUUUAGACACAAAGAUACGCUGUUAUAAGUAAAAUCCGCUAUCUCAUUUUCAUUGAGAUAUCUCACAUAUGUAUGUAUAUGGAAUAUAAAGUCACCCGGAAGUUCGAAAAUCUUCGAAAUAAGAGAUGUUUUGACCUGAUUAAACCAAUUUUUAACAUGCAGACGUACUAUUAUAAGGAAAGGAUUCUCUCCGAAUUUCAAUUAUAUGUAUAUCUCACAUAUUGGGCGGUGCCACGCUUACCGUAGAGUUUUACACCGGUUCCUAUAAAGCCUUCUCGAAUAUAAAAUUUAAUGUCUCUGACGAAUUUGGUUAUUGAUUGGAAUUUUGAAUAGAUUUAAAAUAAAAACCGUUAUAUGAGGUGUGGGUGAGAUUAUCAUCUGAGUUCGCCUAUUUUACAGUAUCUUAAGAAGAAUUAAAGAAAUUUUACCUAUGUAAAUUGGGUCGGCAUAGCUUUAUUGGUUUGGAAUCCAAAUCCCUCCUUACAUCCUUACAAAUAAUGUUUUAAAUUACAAAAUAAUUUUUUAUUAAAAAUUAUACAUCAGAGCUAUUUUAUACUUCUGUUGGUAAAAUAAUGUUAGACUUGUUAACGUUUUGAAUAAUUUUACAUUUGAUAUACACACAUUAUUAGUGGCAACAAUACGCAUGCUCAUUGUCGUCAGCAAAAUUAAAAAUGGUUUAAAUUUAGCUACAGCGACAACUGCAAGUCUACCUCUAAAUAAAUAUUCCCAUAAGAAGGUGUGUAUUUUAAUUUUUGACAGAACCUACGUAACGCUUGUCACCACCAUGUGUUCCAUGCAACAUUCUUCAGAAACAUUGAAGUGGUAAGUAGCAGUUAAUAAAGUUUGUAAAGUAUUAGAAACAUUUCUGCAGGAAGGGGGCUUCCAUAUUCCUAUCUAUUCCAUUUUGGGCUAAGGUUUUCCACUUUUUUUAUUUACAAAAUAUACAUAAGUAUAUACUCACGUAGUUAUGUUAUUAUUCGCAAAAUCAUACAAUAGAAUCCUAAAUUUUCAACAUCCCUUGCUUGUAUUGAUUGUUUAUUUAUGAGAGAGUACAAAGUGUAGAAGUAAUUGGCAUUGUCAAGGAGAGGUUUACCUCCGUUAUACUCGACAUAAGCGUGCAGCUAAUAUACUAAACAUUUAUUAACUUAUAAGAACUUUAUGUAUGCAUACAUAUAAAUAUAUGUAUAAGAGUAAGUCUGGAAAAUUUGAAUCACAAAACAAUAGUGAAUUUCAGUUUAUUUGAUUACGGAGUUAUUAUUUUGUAUUAUUCAAGGUGCAAAGCUAGGUUACACUAGCUGCGUCGAAAGAUAAUGUUACAUUCCCGUUUCAUUAACAUUCUCUGAAUGUGAAGAAGUAUCUUCUCUAAAUUAACUGAUGUUGCCUAAUGGGUUGCUUAGAUGAAUAAAAACAGAAGGAGCUAACACUCACAGGUCUAUUUUAUGAAUGAUCAAUAUUAUAACUUAAAGCGGGAUUCUGUAACCAGUCUCUAGUCUCUAUUUGAGUCAUUUUUUGGUAAAAUCUCAAUUUGUGACUAGUUACUAUUCACUAAACAGUCUCUAGCGUUAGUCUCAAAAUAUUGCCUCAAAUUUGGGACCUGGUAGUUAGCAGGUCACAAAACUAAAAUAACUCUUGUCUGCCAUUUUGAAUAUACUGAAUAGAGAUCAUCAUAGAUAUUAAUCGAUUGUCGUUUCUUUAUAUUUUGUAAGCAACUCAAACACGAAAAGGUUAAAAAUAAAUAAAUCUACUAUAUAAAUAAAAAUGAAUCGCCAAAAUGUAUGUCCGCUCAUAACUUUCAUACGACUGAACCAAAUUUGAUAAUUCUUUUUUUAAAAUGUUCGUUGAGGUUCAGGGAUGGUUUCUGCGGAGAAAAAAAUUCGAAUAAUUGCCGGAAAACCCCUAAAAACAGCCUUUUUAUUUUUCACUUACAAAAGAAUGAAUGUUUGUUUUUUAGUAACGCUAAGAGAACGGAUGAACCAAUAUUAAUGAAAUUUUCAAGAGAAUGUUCUGUGUGAAUCGGGGAAGGUUUAGAAAUAAAAAACCUGUAUGUCUUUCAUGAGGUAAAGUCCGAAAAUUGAAAAAUUCCAAAAAGUUAAUUUUUUCCAUACAAAUUUUUUCAUUCAAUUUUUUGUUUUGUUUUUCAAUUAUUUAGAUCUUUCAAAUUUGGCGUUUGCUUCAAAAAUUUUUGAAAAUUAUUCAGUGAAAAUGUUAUGUGUGUUGCAAACAAAGUGAUCAAUUACAGAUUGAAAUUUGUUACGAUGUCAUGAAGAGGUCGCGCUAAUAUCGGUCGGCGUUCUUUCUGGCAUCAACAUACAUUAGCAGCCCAAGGCUCAUGUACGAGUACUCCCAGAAUGCGAUGCAUACAUACGUGCGGUAUUAUGGAUCGCUGUCAAUCAGCAAGCGAUCGUCACGAUGUCAGAGCAAGACUUUUCAAGCAACAGCUUCGAUGGACUUUAUCUUGAGUAGCAAAGGAGAGGUUUGCCGCACGCACACAUUAUUCUUUGGAUGGUGGUUACACCAGAUCAGAUUGAUGAAAUUACGAGUAUUUAAUUAUGCGGAAAUUCCUGAUGCAAAGAAAGAAGAUCCAGUAUUAUACAAGUGAUGAAAACCAAUAAUAGCGGCCAUACACAGGCACACAUGUGCGUUCGAUCGGUAUGUGUAAACAUGCGGUUUACUCGUGUAUGGGCUUGUUCGCGUACCGAUCCAUGUUCGCGAAAAUGUUUUAUUUUUUACGAUCGGUGCGCGAACAUUUUUAUCGUGUAUGUCGUUGUGAGCGCACAAAAUCUCAUUUCUCUCGUGUCGCCGAGCAGUGAAGAUCGCGGACAAUUGCAAGUGUUAAGGGGAGAGCCUGCUUUAAAGGCUUCAAAAAAUCGAUUUUUUUGAGGAUUUUUCUGGGAGGGAAAGAAAUAAUUGAUUCAAGCGAAAUUUCUAGGCUUUAUAGUCAUAUAUUUGAACAUCUUUCACAAAUUUUUUGACUACGAAAUCUUUGAUAUUCUGCCUUUAGGAAGCAAUUACCCGAUGCAUCUCGCAUAUGCAUUUAUCAGGAACAAAAAAUUCAAAGAGAUUCAUGUUUUUUAAUAACUUAUCUUCUAGUUAAACUAAGAAAAUUCCAAAAAAAUUUACUUUAUUUUGUUUAAAAAUAUGUUCAAACUUGACUUUUCCUAGUUUUUUUUUAGUUUAAAUAGAAAAUAAUUUUAUGCCAAAGAUAAUAAACUUUGCCCAAUUCCAACUUUGCCCGCCAAUUAAAAUAAUCGUAAAAAUAAAAAACCGAGAAAUCGCGCUUUUAUACUUGUAUGUAUCUGUCUGAUGCUCGGACACUACAUAUUUCCCUUCAAGCUUCGACAAUAUUUCAAGUUCCAAUCUAUAACUUUGUUUGUUGUUAGAUAAUUUUUAAAGAGAUUUAAGCGAUUGUUUGAAGCUUCUAAAGCAGGCUCUCCCCUUAAUAAAGAUUUCGUAUCUGAAUUUAUUGAUCUUAUAAAAAAUUAAUUGGCAAUUUGGCAAACGAAAAGUGAUAGAUGUAAAAAUAAAAUUGAGAAAAAUAAAAGUUGGAAUAACUUAUUAACGAAAUACAAAGAAAUAGAUAAAAGUGCUACAUUAGAAAUAAAUUCGAAGAAAUGUUCCGCUUGCCUGUCGCACAUGCUAACUAUGUGAAGAACGAACGCAAAAUGGAUUUCUGUGUCGUGUAUGGGCAAACGAAUUCACACAGAUCGAACGCACAUGUGUGCCCGUCUAUGUCCUCUUUAAGGUUCAUGGAAAUUGCGGACACCACAAUCCCACUUCGAUUUGUGUGUAAAUGCACGAAACAGUAUCCACGUGCUUUUCUUUUGGAAAUGAUGGAUAUCCACUGUAUCGGCGUCGCUCACCAGACAACAAUGGCGGAACAUUUAGCAUUCAAUUUAGAGGCGUGAAUAUCGAAGUUGACAACACAUGGAUCGUACUAUAUUCACCAUCAUUGUCUAAUUCACAUUCAAAACUCAUAUCAAUGUUGAGUAUUGCAGUUUGGUGUAAUCGAUAAAAUACGUUUGUAUGUACAUCACCAAAGGAAGCAACAUGGCGGUUAUUAGUCUUAAACGAUACGGUCGAUACGUGAACUGCACUAAAGCGCUUUGUAUUUACUUUUGCAAUUCAUGAACGUUUUCCGACUGUUGUGCAUCUAGCAGUUAAUUUGGAGAGUGGCCAAAUAGUGUAUUUUAACCCAAAGAAUACAAUACAGCUGGUGGAAACACCGCCAGCAACAAAAUUAACAUUGACGAGUUUUUGCUCAACUUUCGUCAGGGAUCCGUUCGCGAGAACAUUGCUCUAUUCGGAAAUACCUUGAUAUUAUACAUGGAAUGCAUCGUCGGAGAAAUAGUUACACAGAAAGCAAGGCCAACCGGUAGAUGAACAUCCAGGCGUGUUAUCAACUAAUACAUUAGGACGAAUUUACACAAUCCACCCGAAAAAUGACGAUUGUUUCUAGCUUCGGUUGCUAUUGAUUAAUGUACGUGAUUCCACUUCAUUUGAGUCAUUGCGUACUCUGAAUGAUAUGGUGUAUGCAACUUUUUGAAAAGCAAGCCAGCAAUUACAAUUGCUGGAAAAUGAUAAUCACUGGAAUGCAAAUGAAGUUCGCACACUUUUCGUGAUAAUCAUUUCGACAUAUCAGCUUCAAAUCCGCGUCUAUUAUGGGAUGCGAACAAAAAUGGCAGUGCCGAAGACAUUUUACAUCGUCUUCACUAAAAAUUGGAAAGGAAUCAAUUUCGGUUGAUACUUCCGAUGGUUUGAUAUCAAUUCCAUCUGCCGUUUAUCGAUUCACGAAAGAUGAACUCAUGACGAAUGUGUAUCCGAAUAUUGGCCAAAUUAUCGUAACUGCGAUUCCUUAAGUGUACGCGCAAUGUUAGCUGCCAAAAAUACCGAUGUUGUUGACUUAAUCUGGAAAAUUCAAAAGACGACGCCGUGAAUUAUCCAGUGGAAUUUCUAAAUUCUUUGGAGAGGAUUGGUAUGCUACUGCAUCAUUUGCGUCUCAAAGUUGGAUCUGUCGUUAUUAUGUUUCGCAAUCUGCAAGCGCCAAAACUGUGUAAUGGAACCCGACUGAUUGUGACGCACCUAUCGAAUACAAGGUGGCAGAAUGCUUGAUUCUACGAAUUCCUUUGAGUUCUAUCUAAUUGCCAUUUCGGUUUAAACGGAUUCCGUUUCCAGUAAAAAUUGCAUUUGAGAUGACGAUCAACAGGACACACGGAUAGUCGCUAGAAAUGUAUAGCAUAAAUUUGGAACUGCUAUGUUUUUUGCACGGCCAAAAAUAUGUGGCGUGCUCACGAGUUGGAAAACUAUCUUCUCUGUACAUUUACGCACCGGAACAGAAACCAAAAAAUAUUGUUUAUCAAGCUGCGUUAUAUUGAAAAAAAAAGAAAUGAUAAAUUUAACUUUCUCUUCAUUUCAAAACACAUAUGUAAUUUCACGCAGGACAACGGCUGCGGAGUCAGCUAGUUUUACAUAAAUUUCGUGAAUAUUAUGAAACAAAGUCAAAAUAUAUUUUAAUUUUUAUUGAUAAUUAUUUUUUUGACUAUGUUAUAGAAAAUUUAAUAUUUUUAUCGACAAUAUUUAUUAUCAUUCAAGUGUAAAAAAAAUCUCUGAAUAAUGAAUAGAUUUUGUGACUGUCACUUACAGAAUAGCAAAAUUGUCUCAAGUGUCAAAAUUUGUUUCUAACUUAAAAUCUCAAAUUUAAAGAUUUGAGACUGUAUCACAGUACAGAAUCGCAAAGUUAGUUUGGCUAUGGUUUCGAAAAGCGUUAAUAUUUAUACUAUAUUAAUGCACAGCUUUCUUAUCUCUGGAGUCGUACAUACAUAUAUUGAAGUUUAGUUAUCUACACUAGCAAGGAUAGAACCCAAUUCGAUCAUAAUGUUCAUUCGUAUGUAUCUCUUAGAAAAAAACGGAACACUCACGAUGAUAUAAUGCUAUAAAAACUUAUUUAGAUUGUUCCUAAGUUUCCCUGCUAUAUGAAAAUAAAUAAGAAUACAACUCAGAAUAGGGUCUUGAACACUGUAUCGCUGUUGAUUUAUAUCUCCAAAUAUACAAUAUCCUUUAUAUGUACAUAUCUAUUCCAUAUAUACAUUUAUUCCUAAUACAUUUUCAUAUAUUAUUGGAAUACAUUUUCACAAGAAAUAUCUUGUGCUGGGACAGAAAUAUAUAGUAUACAGAUAGAAUGUGGCAUUUGUGCAUUUGUUUAUUAAUUUACUUUUUAUUUAAUUCGUUGUUGUUCUAUUUUUAAAUCGGUCAAUUAAAAACUUAGUAACUAUUAUCAUCAAACUUGUGAUAUGUUAGGAGAUCUGCAGAACUUUGUCAAUCCACUUGUUUAUACAUAUUCAGAAAUAAAUGCAAGCUUGAUAUAUGUAUUAUGACAAAAAAGCACCCGGAAAUUGUAAUUAAAUUUCCCGGGUAAAGAAUAUUUUGCUAAGUCAAAUUUGUCUCAAAUCUUGUAUUUCUAACCAAAAAUUCGUGUGAGGAAUCGUUAUGAUUGUUGGAAAAGAUUCAAUAGGUGAUUCAGUUUUAUCAAAAACACAAGCCUAUGAGUGGUAGAAAGCCUUCAAAGACGAUGUAGAGAUCGUUGAAGAUAUGCCUCGUCGUGGACAAUGGACGUCAAUGUAACGCAGCUUGAUAAACAACAUUUUUGGUUUUGGUUCCGAUGCGUAAAUUGUUAGAGAAGAUGGUUUUCCAACUCGUGAACACGCUACGUAUAGAUGGCCGUGUGAAAACAUAGCAUUUCCAGAUUUAUGCCACUCACUUCUAACGACUUUCCUUGUAUUCUGUUGAUUGUCAUCACAAAUGCAAUUUUCACUGUAAACUGAAAACGUUUGAACUGAAAUGGCAAAUCGUUGAAACUCAAAGGAAUUCGCAGAAUCAAGCUUGUAUUCGAUAGUUGCGUCACAAUCAGUCGUAGAAUCAAGCUUGUAUUAGAUAGUUGCGUCACAAUCAGUCGGAUUCCAUUGCACAGUUUCGACGCAUUAAGAUUGCGAAACAUAAUAAUGACAGAUCCAAAUUUCAGACGCAAAUAAUGCGGCAGUAUACCAAGCCUCUAAAGAAUUUGGAAAUUCUAAUUUAUUAUUUAGUUUAAGUCAUUAACAUCGGUAUUUUUGGCAGCUGAAAUAAUUUUAACGAUUAUUUGGUCAAUGUUAGCAUAAACAUUCGUGAUGAGUUCAUCUUUUGUUCAAGUGAUUUGACAAAAGGCAGGUGAAAUUGAUAUCAAACCACUAGAAGUAUCAACCGGAAUUCCAUUCCAAUUCAUAGCGAAUACGAUGUAAAAUGUCUUCGACAAUGUCAUUUUUGUUCGUUUCCCAUAAUUGACACGGAUUUGAAGGCUGAUAUGUCGAAAUUAUCAAAACGAAAAGUGUGCGAACUUCAGUGGCAUGCGAAGUAGCUUUCGUAUCGUCCAUCGCUUCAAACCUACUUAGAACUUCAACGAACUUUUAAAAAUAAGAAUUGCCCAAUUUGUUCAGGGGUUGUUUAGUUAUGCGCUUACCAACACAUUUUGCGUUUCAUUUUUAUGUUAUAGAUAUAAAAUCUAAAGUUAAAAAAUAUCAAUUUUCAUCUAAAUAUAUACCUCGUUAUUUUUCAAUGGUAUUGCCUAUGGAGAGGAGCUGUUGGUGGGGGACCGCAGUGAUCCCUCUCCGCAAAAAGAGCAACCCCGCCGACGGUAACAAAAACACGUUAGAUAAGGGGUUGUAGAAACUUCACUUGUUCUACAGAAUGUGGGGAAAUAACCCCUUGAGCAGUCUGAGAGUCCGAAACCGGAGGAUCAAGGUACUUCAAAUAAUCCAAACAUAUGUAAAUUCGCCUUUGUCGAGCUUCUUCUCAAAUUAUAGAAGGGCGACUAUGUCAUGUUUUUAGUCCAGGAACCGUGAACUGCAUCGGAUAACGUGGUUACUAGUCACCAAACUUUGCAACAUACAUCCCGAAGUAUGAAUAACAAGAUAAAAACGGUGAUAUUGAUCAAAAAUUUAUAUUGCCAUACAGACUUUAGUAUUUCUACAAAUGUGGCAGUAAAAAGUGUCAAGGAUGACCCUAUGCCCCUUGCAUCCUUCUAUAUGCAAUAAGUUUGCGUGGCACAAACGGCAGAGCACCAGGAUAUCUAUAACCUUAAACUUCCUGCUGUUAACUUUAGAGAAAAUCUUGAACGUGCACAUCAGUGCCGCAGUACCUCCUGGAAGCUUGUCCACAACGUAACCUGCAUACAAAAAAGGCAUAUAAGUAGAGACUGCAUUCCAAACUUUUGUAUUUAAUAACGAAUAUGGAAUCAGUUAUUUGAGUGUUCUUGGACAUUUCUGGAGCAUUCAACAACGGUUUAACAGAAUCUACAAGGUGUUUUCAAAAGUUAAUAGGAUUAAAAAAAAAACAAAACAAGUGGGUUUUUCGGCAAAAUAAAUUUAUUUUAUCAAAAUAGUCUUCUUCUGCUUCAAUGCAGCUUUUUGCAUGGUCAAAAAGCAUGUCGAACGAGUGUUUUAGCUCGUUGGCCGGUAUGGCCGCCAGUAUGCCGGUGCAAGCCUUUUGAAUGGCCUUUACGUCUGCAUAACGCUUUCCUUUCCGAAAAGGAAGAAGUCGCACGGUGCCAUAUCAGGUGAAUAUGGUGAGUGGUUAAUGGUUAAAAUGUGAUUUUUGGUCCAAUAAUCGGUCACAAGCGUCGAUCGAAGAGACGGCACAUUAUCAUGCAACAAACGCCAACUUUCAUCUUCACGAUAUUCGGGCCGAAUAGGUCGAAUACGGCGCACCAAACGUUUCAAAACUCCAAGAUAGAAUACCCCAUUAACGUUUUGGCCGGGUGGAACAAAUUCUUUGUUGACAAUACUCUUGGAAUCAUAAAAUAAAUCAGCAUUGUUUUCACUUGUGUCUUCUCCAUGCGCGAUUUUUUGGGUUUCGUCUCGUCCGGUGCCUUCCUUUCAGCACUCUGGCGUUUCGUUUCGGGAUCAUAUUGGAAACACCACGUUUCGUCACCAGUCACAAUAUUGUAAAGGAAUUUUUUGUCUUUUUUGACCUCUUUAAUGAUGCCCUUCGAAUGUUGGAUUCUGAGCAAUUUUUGGUCGUCAGUCAAUUUGUGUGGAACAAACCAUGUACCCACCAAAUGUUCGGUCAAAAUGCGAUAAAUCGAUGUUUUGGAGAUGUUCAAUUCCAUUUCCAUGAAUUUCAAUUGUGAUUUCGGCUGAUUUUUGAUGAAUUCACGCACAGUUUCGAUGGAAUUUCCGAUGAUCACAUUUCGAAUGGCUGGGUGAACGAGUAGGGACGAUAGCCAGACGUUUUGUGAGCCUUCAAAAAAAAAAAUUAAGCAAAUCGGUUGAGUAGUUCGACCGGAAUCAUGUCCGCCAGUUUAAAAAAGUGUGUGUUUGAGAAAAACGAGAUUUCACGUGCAAGGUCUGCACUCCGAACGUCGAGCGCUAAUAUUAUUUUUGGGCCUUUUUCGAAACCUUCCAAAGGUAAAAUGGGUUUCUACUUUAAAUCUAAGGGUACAAGGGAACAGAAAAUGCAAAAGAAAAAUAUUUUUAAAAAGAUUACCCUACUUACUCCUUAAAAAAUAGCAUUGUUUACAUAUGAAUAUUUAAAUUUAAAGUUUCCUUUCUUUUUCCCUCUUUAUUAUUAAAUAAUAUUUUCACUGUUAGAAUAGUUUAUUACAAUAAUAUUUAAUGUAUACUUUAGCCAGAGCAGCGCGUUGCCGGAUCUACUAUUUGCACACACACCACCAUAUAUAAUAUACUUAAGUGCACACAUUUCCAAAACACUGAGUUAUAAGAACGGGGGCUCGUUUGUUUACUAUAAACACAGAAGUACAUAUGUAUGUAUUUUGACUUUCAAAUCACCUGAUAAAAUAUAUCGAUAUACAUGCAUACAUAAAUACAAAAACGUGUAUAUUUAAUAUAACAUAUAUAUGUAUGUAUGUACAUAUAUACAAUUACAGUAAAACCUCUAUAUAACGAAAAACUCGCUAUAUCAGAGAAAAUACGGAAAUGUGUUUAGUUUAUAUUGUUGUUCCCAUUAUUUAAAAACUAACGCUAUACAGUAUAUAACAAACACUAGUGGAGCUUAACUUUAUAUACAUGCUUGUACAUACAUACAUAUACAUAUAUAUGGCUACAGUAAAUGGUUACGAAUAUUUAAAAGAAAACGCAAGAGAGAUUGUAUAGUACAUUAUUAACGAUAUUUGUUGAUAAAAAUUAUGACGUUUUGUGAAAUAAAUAAUAGAAAUACAUAUUCGAUUAUUAGUCGUUGUACUACGUCUUCUCUUAAUACAAUGAAAACUUUAUAACGCAAAAACUAUCCAGUCGCCUUAAAUUCAUUUUAAUGAUUUUCCACAGUCUCUCUGCAUUCAUAACAUAAAUUAAUAAAUUUACACUUAUAGUACAUACAUAUAUGUAUGUAUGUAUAAGUGUCAGACUUAAAUCAAAGUUCGAAGUCUAGUUUUCUAUGGUCUAUAAAUAUUUACAGGGCGCAUGCAUAUUAAUAAAAAUUGGAAUUCGUCUAAACGUAUUCAAAAGUUAAACCAUAUUUUAUACGAGAGAAAAAAUACAAACAAAUCAUAAAUAUUAUCAAAAUAAGUAUUUAUUGUAAUAUUGAAUUCACAUGAGGUGUGUCUUAAAUUUUUUUAUUUUUUUUCUUAUUAUCAUUGCUUGUAUCGUUAAAAACUAAUAGAGAUAGAUAUAGAGUUCUAUACAUACAUAUGUACAUAUCUACAUACAAACAUAUGUAAAUAUACAUACAUAUAUAAACGAUCAGGGCGACGAAACGAGUUGAAAUCCGCGUGACUGUGUGUCUGUAGGGGAAACCUGGAGCAAAAGAUAGAUAUCUUUGUUCAUUGUCAAAACGUCAUUGUACGUAUAAUACAUACAUACAUACAUAUGUAUAUCCAUAAUACUUUACCCGCGGCUUUGCUCGAAUUGAGUCGAGUCGAAAUAAAUAUCUAAGAUCGUUUAUAAAAACAUAAUACUAGAGUCAGUACAAGGAAGUUUUAAAUUUAUUUAUUUUUUGGCUUAAUGUACCAUCAUUUAGUGAAAUGUGUCUUUUCUUCGUUCCUUAGUUCUUUGCAUUGGCUAUUUUCUUCAGUUUUUUCUUGUAUAGUUUCACCUUCAUUUUACAUGCAAAAUAGUUAAAAUGCACUUUGCCUCCUUUAUUUUAGUUUUCUUCCUUUUAUUUUCUGCUGUCAACUGAAAUUAAAUAUACAUACUUACUUAUGUACGUACUGUAUUUAAUAAAUUUUACGCCGUCAUUCUAAAAGUAAUUGACAGCAUCGUGGCAUAGUAACUAGUGAUUAGAACCCACAUACAUACAUACAUAUGUACAUACGUAUGUAUGUAUGUAUGUAUGUCCACGAAUCCAACAGAAUGCGAUUUACGAAAUUUCUGUUGCUAUCCACAACAAUCGCGUUAAAGUUAAGCAAAUGCAAACAAAGACAACAAAUAUACAUAUGUAUGUGUGUAAAUCAACCCAAACACAGAUCAAACUAAUACAUUUACAUACUCAAAUAAUUUUUUUAAUAUGUAUGAAUUUAUAAAUACACAUACUAUAUGUACAUUCGUUCUUUUAGAGACGAAAUUCGAACAAAGCCACCUCAUUAUUUAGAACUAAAACCAGAAAUGCAACAUUUUCAAAGACGAGCCUCCUAAAUUUCAGCCAAUAACAUCCAUACAUAUGUAUGUAGCAUAGCACCAAUUAGUACUCGUCUUGUAUACAUACAUAUACAUACUCACAUGCAUAAGUAUACUAUAAUCCUUAACUAUUUUUAUAUUGCACGAGCAUUCGGUCUACACCGGUUCAAAAAUGCUACACUCAACUCACACAUGCAUACAAACUAUGUAUGCAUGUGCUAUAUGCAGGUACGCUUAGCAUGCGUUCGCAUAUAAAGGCCUUUGUUGCCCAAACUCGGUUAGUAGGCGAGAGGGCGUAGAGAGAAGAAGAAAGGGUGUUCUUGUUCGUAACAAUUUGUUUAGUUUGGCAUUCCUUUUCAUUUCAUAGAGUUUACAUGACUCUAGUUGCGGCUGCAAAUCGUAAAUUUAAUGAUAAUGAGCAACAAAAAUUUUCGGGUGUGAAGCCUGUUUAACAUGCUUUGUUCGCCAUGGAGAAUGAUCGAGCAACGAGAUAACGAGGUGUUUUCUUAGUGCUGUUUUUUUUCAUUGUAUUGGGACGACAUCAGCAACAAAAAAAAAAAUACACCCAGAAGAGGCCUGUUUAUAGAGCAUUUGUUGGAAUGGCUCUCGGUUCGGGUGGGCUCGUUGUACAUAACAUAGAUAACGAGUUCAGUUGGCCUACUCAUGCUUGUUGUCGGCUAUAAAAGCGAGCUGUUUGUUGCUUGAAGACAUUAGUUACUCGAGUUCAGAGUAAAUGGAAAGAUCAAGUGAACAAAAAGUCAGUGGUCUGAGAAGAAAAUUGAGUUUUGAUAAAAAACUGUGGAGAAACAUAUGAAAGUAAAAGUGAACGAAUUCUAAACAUUGUGAUAAAAAUUGUGAUUUUUCUGUUAAUUAUAUUCAACGUUACAUACUUCAAAACAAAACGAUGCCUGAGAUUAUUGAACAAUCCAAACAAGUGUAAGUGUUUUCCUACUAAUUUUUUAUGUACAAUAUGUACGUGUGUCAUAUUACGUACUCAUACCCAAAUGACCUUUUGGAAACUGCCCAGUACCUCAACAAAACAAGAACCAGCAAAGCAACUUUGGCUUAUAUAGUCAUAUACGUGGUACCAACGUUUCUUAUGGCAAUGUAUCCAAUUUAACACCCGCUGUCAAAAUCUUUGUUGAGGAAUCAGUAGCUCUUUGCCAACCCGAUCAAGUACAUAUUUGUGAUGGAUCCGAUAUUGAAAACAAA